AUGAUUAGUCCAAUUUACUAAGAGUCUGCAAGCAAUUUUAGGGUGACUAAGAAAGAGACUAAUGCAAAAAGCAUGUUUAAUUUUGCAGAAAAGCAGCCUAAAAGUUAUAAAAUGACUGAAAAUGAAAGGAGAGGAGAAGAAAUGUAUAGACAGACAAUCGUUAAGUAAAAAUAAUUAGAAUAAAAAGGAGACUUAAAUAAUUACGAAUAUUGCAAUCCAGAAAACAAAGAGGAUGAGCUACCAUAACCAUAUAAGUUUAUUAAUGGUAUUAUAAAUGAAAUGAUAUUCCACAACAUUAAUUUAAAGAUAUUUGAGAUUGAAAAGACUUAUAAAAGCGAUCCAAAUUAUGAGGGAAAUCUAAGCGAAUUUCCUCCAUAAGGUAGCUUUGAGUUGAAUGGAAUAACAGCUAUUAGCAAUAGCUCUAGAAGUAGAUAUAAUCAAAUAUUUGUAGGGGAUAAAUCUGGAAGUUUAUUUUUACUUGACUUGAACAAAAAAACUUAAGUUUGUAAAAAGGAAAUAACACCUUCUAAACGUAUUAUAAAUAUUUCUUCAUAAACUAUACCUUAUGGAGAAACAUAGCUCACUACUAUUUCUAUUAUUUCAAGAGCAGAUCCUAUUGUUUAUAUUUAUCGUAUAUUGUAGGGUGAUAAUAAGCUUUAUCAUAACUAUAGCAUUAAAAUUCCAAUAGCAUUAUCUUAAGCAGCAACCAACAAUGUUACUGACCAAGCUAAAUUUGCCAAUCCUCUUCCUUUUAAGGCUGAGAUAGGAAUUAAUGGUGAUUUUGUAUCAGUUUGCACAUAUAAUGGAGAUGUUCAUAUUUUUUAGAUUCCAGACCCACCAUAAAUCCCUAAAUAUGAUCCUUCAUAAGAUGAUCCAUCAAAUCAAGUUUAUGGCUCUUAAAUUUCAGGAGCUAUUUAGAGUCCUAGAAGAUAAAGUAUGGCAUCCCAUUAAAGAAUUUUAACAGGACAGAUUUUAGAAAUGAAGCCUGUCGAUAUUGAUAAACCAUUUUAUUCUAUUAAUUUUUAAGGACAAAAAGUCAGCUUAAACUAUAAAGAAUUAAUGGCUAAAAUAAAUGAUGACACAUUUAAAGCAUUAAAUCCUUAAAUAGUAGCAUAGUAGCUUUUAGAGUAGUAGCUUAAAGAAUAAGCAGCAGCUAAAGAAAAGAAAGAUGUAAAAAAGGAUGCAAAAAAAGGAGCUAAAGAUCAAGGACCUACUGAAUAAGAACUUUUAGAAAAACAACAACAAGAAUAAAAACAACAAAAAAAAGAGAUAUUAUUUAAUGAUAUCGUACCUAUUCCAGAAUACAAAGUGUCUCCAAAUGGACAAGAUAUUUCUGAAGAUAUUCCUUUACCUAAAUUUAAACCUCUUGUCAAAUUUCUAAAAACUUAAGUUACCUUGCCUGAUUCAAAAAAAUAUUUUGGAAGACCUAGAUAUUUUGAGUUAGUAACUGAUUUGUUAAUUACAUGGAAAGGAGUCAAAAGUUUUGAGCUGCACCAUUUGAGACCAGCAAAAAUAGAAUAUUUGAUUUCCGUUUUAUAUGAUGCAUUAUAAAAAGAAGAUAAAUCAUUAUCAAGUGGUUCUGAAACUAAAAGUAUAGCAAUCACAGUUAACUCUAAAAAUACUAAAACAGGAGCUGUUCCUGCUUAAUAAACACCUCCACCUCCUCCACCACCUCCAACAUAAGCCUAACUCAGAUAGCUACUACCACCUAUUAAGCCCAAAUUAAAAAAGACAUUUAGUUUAAUUUAUCCUGUAACUUGCCUCAAUAUAAACGAAAGUGAGUCGUUUGCAGCAUUUGGGUUGAAAGAGGGAUCUAUAAUUGUCUGGGACUUACAAUUUAAUUUAUAAAAAUGGGCUUUGGAUCGCCAUACAGAUGAAGUAACUUGCAUAGAGUUCUUAGAAAACUGGAGAUUAGUUUCAGGAUCAAAAGAUGGAACUGUUCAUUUACAUGAUUUGGAAAAAGGUAAAAUGAUGAUGAAGAGAACGAAUGUUUUUAUGGAGAAGAAAAAAAAUUCUGUUGAAAGCAUAGCUGUUUCUAAUUCAGGUCUUGCAUUUGUCUUAGAUUCAUUAAAAAAUUUAAGAUUAUAUGACUUAUGGCAUGGAUAAAAGAUUGCUAAAAUGCAAGCAUCUUCUCAUCUUGAUACAAGGACAAAAUCAUGGACACUAUUUCCCUAAUGUGUUUUAAAUGCUUAGAGAGAUUAGUUAUGCAUUUUAACUGAUAUUCAUCCUCCAUUUGAUAAAGAAGAAGAAAAACAAAUUUAGGAAUGUGGAGAAAUAGAAAGAAUUGCUUUAAAAAAAUAAAUUAUAGAUCAAAAAGUUAAAAAUUAUGAUAAAAACACAAACAUUUCUAUCUUUAGAGUUUAUGAUAUUUUGAUUAAUAUAUUCCCUGGCUUAGCUAACGUUUCUAGAAAAGGGAUAGAUAGAGAUAAAUUAAUAAACUUAUUUGGGCAUCUUUCAAUAGAAGAUUUAAAUAACCCAUCUUUUGAAAUUCCAACAAUAGGACCACCUGCUAUGGGUUAGAAUACACUUUCAUAAGAUAUAACUAAAAAUAGUAGUAAAAGAAUGUCAAAAGCAUAAUUUCCUUCAAUUUUAAAAAACAAAUCUCGAGAUGGUUCAUUAAAUGCAAGUUAAACUUUACAAGUAAAUAACAGCUAAACUAUGAAACAAUAAAAAUCAUAAUUGCAAUAGCAAUAAUAAUAAUAAUAAUAUCAAUAAUAACAAAUACUGUCAUAAUAUGUUUAAUAAUAGAAGUAAAAAUCAACUGCCUCUUUUGAUGAAGAGCCUGAUCUUAAUAGCUCUUUCAAAACUUAACUUACUCAUGCAACUCAUAUUAAAGCCAUACCUCACCCUUAGCAUGGAUAGAAGACUCGUUUAACAAAAGAAGUUUUACACCCAGAAAGAUUUUUACUAGAAAGAAUAAGACUACCAGGUUAAGAAUUAAAAGAUUAUGAAAGAGAUACAAUAGAGGCAUGUAGAAAAAGAUUUGAUGAAAUGGAAUAAAGAGAAAAUAAAGUGAUGAACGAUUUAGCCAGAUUAGCUUAAGAGCUAGAAAAGAAUGAAGAAAAAAGAGUGAAAAGAAUAAAGGAAAUGUAAAUGAGAUAAACUUCAUAACCUAAAUAAAACACUUUCAAAAGAGGUUCUUAGCCUGUAGAAAAUAAAACUUCAUAUUAAUGA